AUGACCUCUCGCGGAAACUCGAGUUCUGAUCGGCUUGACACUAUCAAGAGUAUGUAUGCUUUCCAGGGUUUCGUGUAUGACAUUGAUGCAAUUAAAGAUUUUCAGACCAUGCGGUCGGUAGGUGCUCGAAACGUGAUCACUUUCGGCAUCUGUAACACUGGAAAAGAUGUUUCAUUCUAUGACGAUAUUUUAAGUGCCGCAGAAACGGCGGGUAUUUAUAUCAUUCCUCUUAUUUGGACAUUGAUGGACAACGGCCAAACGUUUAGUGGAACAGCUGUGCCUAUAAUGAAGGCAGUGACACAGGCAAUUAUAGCCAAGCCAACCUUCGUAAUUGCUGUCGCUCUCGUUUCACAGAAUUUAAUCUAUCCUCACUCUGUACGUGACGAGCCCCUCUACGACAAUGAUGCCGGUUCACCAGGGAAUCUCGCGAAAUACAUCCUUGAACUGAAAUCCGAUCUGAAAAACGCCGGACUCGACAUUCCGGUUUCAAUAUCUGACAUGCCAUACGGCUGGCAAAGUGCGGGGGACAUCUCUUCGGUUGCGGACGAAGUAGACUUCUUUAUGAUUAAUAACUUCCCAUACUUUGCACAGAACGCCGAGAACGGCGGUAGCAAGAGCUCGUGGGAUAGUUUUGUGAAUGGUAUCGACUACUUUGAGUCCAUAGCAAAAGGCAGACCCUUACUAGUUACACAAACGGGUUGGCCAAGCAACAAAGAUCUCUUUGCACCCAACAGCAAGGAUAUUGACGCGUCUGUAUCUUCUGAACAAGCGUACUGGGUGCUCCUCGACAGUCACUGUGGAGACUUUUUCAAGCCGAAGAACAUUGGCUGGAUGUGGCGUAGUUUCAAUGAUGAUAUGAGUGGCUGGGGAGCUUACGAUAGUAAUGGAAAACAGAAGUGGAAGCUAAGUGCGAAGACAACCUGUUAA